AUGUCGUUCCCAGAUGCAGAAUAUUUUUUCCGCUAUCAAAAUAGACUUAUACAAGAUGAAUUACAGUACAACAGACAUGCUUUGUCCCAAGAGCACAUUAAACUAGUGUCUAAUUUGAAUGAUGAGCAACGAUAUGUCUAUGACAUUGUAAUGGAUGCGGUGAAGUUGAAUGGAGGUGGUAUGUUUUUUGUAUACGGAUAUGGAGGAACUGGCAAGACCUUUGUGUGGAAAACUCUAUCCACAACUCUGAGAUCGAAGGGAGAAAUUGUGUUGAAUGUAACAUUGAGUGGAAUAACAUACCUCUUUUUACCCGGUGGUAGGACUGCUUACUCCAAAUUUGUAAUUCCACUAAAUUCGAAUGAAGAUUCAACCUGCAACAUUAAACAGGGAAGUCCUCUUGCAGAGUUAAUAAUCAGAAGCAAUCUUAUCAUUUGGGAUGAGGCUCAUAUAAUGAAUAAAUAUUGCCUUGAGGCUUUGGAUAGGAGCAUGUGA